AAGUCCUCUCCUAACCUCACAUAUAAAAACCGAACCAUUUAUCAUUUUCCUCUUCUCAAUUCAACAUCUGCAAACUCCAACCAACCAACUUCUUAAUUAAUAACUGUCGUCGUUUCAAUCUCGUUACACAUCUCAAAACGCAGCAGCAGCACACUCGACUUAAAAUGCAAGCCGUUUCACUCUCACCUUUGUCGUCUAGGGAUUCUUCCGACGAGUUCGCUGGAAAGUUCGAACACGAUUUCGUGGCUAAGCUCAAAAUCAACGAAAACGAAAACGAAGAGAAGCAUAACGAAGAUGAGGUAGAAGAAGAGGAAGAGUUUAGCUUCGUUCUCACGAAUUCCGAUGGAUCGCCGAUCUCCGCCGAAGACGCGUUCGACAACGGCCAUAUUCGUCCGAUUUUUCCGAUUUUCAACCAGGAUCUUCUGUUCUCCGACGAUUACAACGGCGGCGACGGUCUCCGGCUGCCGAUAAAGGUCUUCGUCGAACACGCGGAUGUUUCUCCGUCGCCGUCGGAGGCGACGACGCCGGCGGAAGGAACAUACUGCGAGUGGAAUCCGAAAGCGGCGGUGAAGAGCAACUCGACGGGAUUCUCGAAGCUGUGGAGGUUCCGAGACGUGAAGCUGCGGAGCAACAGCGACGGAAAAGACGCGUUCGUGUUCUUGAACCACGCGCCGGCGGCGAAGCCGGCGGAGAAGGCGAGCAGCGUCGUCGUGAAGAAGGUUGAGGUGAAGAAGGGGAAAACGACGACGGCGGCGGCGUCUGCGCACGAGAAGCAUUACGUUAUGAGCAGAGCGAGGAAAGAGAGCGAUAAACGCAAGUCGUAUUUGCCGUAUAAGCAAGAUCUGUUCGGGUUCUUCGCCAACGCCAGUGGAUUGAGCAGAAAUGUUCAUCCUUAUUGAGAAUCCGUUAAUUUGAUUCAGAAAUUUCAUUUAUUUGUAUGUAAAUUAAUGUUUGAAAUUCAUCAACCUAACUAGGGAAUUACCUCUUCCUAAUUUGCUAUCAUGUAAUUAGAUUCGAGGAUGAUGUCCUAGAGUUGAAAUAUUUGGAUAUAUAUUUUUUUGUAGAUGAAGAUAUCCAGACAAAUUCAAUUACGUAGCAUUUUUAUUUUUCACGUA